UCAGCCGUUGAUUGUAAGCACCGUUACGACCAUUCCUGUCUGGCUUGUCUUCCGGAUCUACCAGGGAGGAAACCGACUCACUGUGAGCCUCAAAAUCAUCAUAUCUACCCAACAUGGAGUUCUCCAUCCGAGCAGCCAACGUGGAGGACUGCAAGGACAUCGCGCGGAUGAUCAUGGAACUGGCUGAAUAUGAGAAAAUCUCACAACAUGUGAAAAUCACACAGAGAGACUUGGAGCAGGAUGGCUUCUCCAAGAACCCAUUCUUCCAUGGGAUCAUCGCUGAGGUACCAGAACAGCACAGAACCAAAGAUGGCCAUACAAAGAUAGGCUAUGCACUUUACUUCUACUCCUACAGCUCAUGGUCAGGCAGAGCCAUUUUCAUGGAGGACUUGUACGUGAUGCCGGAUUUCAGAGGGAAAGGCAUUGGUAAAGCACUGAUGAGCAAGGUAGCACAGCUCGGCUUGGCUGCCGGCUGUGGUCAGCUAAACUUCACCGUCCUGGACUGGAACAAAUCCUCUAUGGACUUUUACCUGAACCAGGGUUGCACCGAUGUUACGGCUGACAUGGGCUACCAUUACAUGAGCUGCAGAGGAGAAGCACUGGAGCACCUGGCCCAGCCUUAACCAGCACCAAGCUGAUGGCAACAAGACCUUGGCGAGUUUAAGGUCAACAUACACGAUACAGGGAUAGAGUGGCCCGUUCCAAAACCUAACUAUGACAAUCGUAUUAAAAUUUCACUCAAUGAAUAAAUGGGAUAAAAAGAUAAUUGACUGUUUUUUAAGCCCACUUGGACACCGACAUCUGUUGAGCUGUUAUUGAUUCUGCAUUAGAUAAUAAAAAGCAGCUGUUUUCCUAAACAGCUAGCUAGCAAGCUAGAUAGAUGGAUAGAUGUAAUAGGGAUAGAGGGAAAUUAUUUUAGAUUAAUUUAUGGUGUUUACAGCAGUUUUUGCUAUAGUAUAGUUGCUAUAGCUAAAAAGCAACUGUUUACUCAAUUUGGCUAACAAUAUUAUUUUAAAAAAUGAGUCCUAAAUUUUGCAGAGCUUUUAACAAAAGCAGAAUCAUCUUUUUUUGCUGUUUUUUAUAUUUGAAAUGACAAAUGGCUUAUUUUAUUAGCUUUGGUUGGCUAGCGCUGGCUAAUUAGCAGGCUAACUCUUUUAACUAGCAGAGACCUACUUUCCCUCUUAUGUCUUUUGUUUCUAGCUGGCUGAAACAGCAUAUAAAGAUGGUAGAAUAAAAGUAAAUUGUACACAUUAUGGCAACAUAGAUGCUUUAAAAUCAGGCUAAAGCUAGGCUAUGCUAGAAAAUACUGAAAAAGCACAAUGGGAUUUGUUUUUCUUUCAUUCUAGGCUGUGUAACCCCAGUAUUUCCCUCAGUGGGAAUAGACUAAUACAUGCAUACACUUGAGUAGUAAACAUAAGCUAGCAUGAAUAAUGUUAGCUACAUGGAGGGAAAAUCUUCUCCAAUUCAUCAAAAAAGCAGUAAUGCUAACAUUAGCCUUAACUCUGAUAUAGCACUUCAGCUAGUUCAUAUUUGACAGCUCUGUUUAGAUUAAAAUAACACAAAAUAAUGCAGCUAGCUUAUACAGAAUCUUAGCACUUUACUGUAUUUUUCAGUUUACUCUAUAGUAGCUAGCUUGGUUGGAAUGCUAAAAUGUGCGGCUAACUUCCCCCCAAUAAAAAUAAUGAUAAUGAUAAUAAUGUGACACCUCAACAUGACUGCUACCUUUUAAUGCUUUAUUAGCCAGGGUUUCAAAACAGUCAGUUAGCUCAUUGUUUAAAGGCUCAAUAAUGCAAUAUAAAAGUAUUGGAAUGGGGCCCAUGCAAUAUAUAUAAUAGUACACGACUAAGGCACUGAAAUGUGUUUUGUGUUUACCCUUGUGAUACUUUAUGACUCAGAGCACCUUUAUGUGUUUGAUCAAAUAAGUGUGAAGAAUGUGGAGCAUAUGGGAAUUUGAAGGGUCUAAUAGUUGCAUGUAUGGGAUUGUGUGACUUUCUUUCUUAGAAUGACUAAUGUCAGCCUUUUUUACACAAAUAUUCAGAAAAAUGUUAUGCAGUGGAAAGCCAAGCUGCUUGUUUUAUGCUAUGACUGUUGGUAAAGCGCAAGUUCUGGGCAUCUUAUCCCUUUACAUGUAUUAUAAACAAUGCAGCAGCCAAAAGAGGUGUCACCUCUCCCCUCAUUUCCCUAUGAGGAGCACUGUUAGGCUGUUGUGAAGCACAAUGCUGGUAUUUGCACUGUUUUCAUCUUGUAUGCGUUUACAGUUCUUGAGAAGGAGUCAGCUGAGCUCAGUAUUAACCUACUUCGUGGGCUGGUUUUAGAAAAAGGGUUGCUUGAAAUUAGACCAAAAAAGGAAGCAUCUGGGGGGGAUUUAAAAACUUGAAGUCUUGGAGUGUGCUCUGUUUGUGUCUUUGAAUCUAUCCUACUGAAAGGAAAGGGGCAUAAUUCUGGUCUGCACUUCUGUUUUAUAUCCUGUCUACUUUUUUUAACUUCUUGUAUCAUUUCCAGCAAUUUAAUGAAAACAGUCUGAGCUGCAGGUUAUAUUUAGUUUGUUUUCUCUAGCUCUAAACAUCUAAGAGCCACUGACCCUUCUCUCAAGGUUUUGCAAUUUUAUUUUCAAACUUUGUUUACAAAAUAAUUAAAGAAUGACCCAUUGUUAUCUUUAAUUUUUGCUCUAUGAGGUUGUAAAAUAUUCAUGUAUGUUUGUCUCAGUGUGCAAUAUAUAAAUACAAGUACAUCAUUAUACUAUUACAAAGUACAUGAGCCAAAAAUUCAACAUACAGUGCAAGAAAACAUAAAUUUUGUUUGUACUUCCCAUUGACUUCAACUUUGGCACAACGCCAACCCAAGGCUAUAAAAACACAACCUUAUGCUUUGCUCUAAGCGUUGAUUCUUGUAGUGUAAGUUCAACCUUGAGCCCUAUUGCAAUAACUGAUACUGGAUAAUGUUUUUUUCUGUACAAAUUACAAAAAAAAAGUGGGUAUUUGAAAUGAUUGUGAGAUUUUUAGUGUAAAUACUGUGUUUUUAAGUAACUGUAAUUGCUGGUGUAUCGGUCAGUGAAAGUAGAAGAGACAACCAUUUAUUUCCACAGUUUAAAUCAGUACAGCUGUGUAGAGGAACCUUGGUGCUUUCAAUAUUUCUGUUUUCAUUUUAGUGCAUUUUCAUGUGAUUUUUUUUUUCUCUGAUUUUGUCUCUGAAAUGUUUAUGAUCAAAGAUACUUGUGAAAAUCAUGUGAAUCCAAAAAGUCAACUUUUCCACUUCCUCAACGAGUUUACAAAGGGCUUCAUAACAUAAUUAUUCCCUCGUUAUACAAUAAGUAUCACAGUUCUUCUAUCAAAGUUGAUCCAAAAGGAUUUAUAGGGUUUUCAUAACUUGACACAUGUUAGAAAUAAACUGUCUUAAAGCCAUGUUACAUUAGAACCUGCAUGAGAGUGGUAUGUAUUUUCAGCCCACCUGUUGUCACCCAUUCCUGAAAACUGAGUGUUUUUUCAUGUUAAUUCAUGUUCUCCAUUCGACACUGAGAAAUAAAAGCAGUCAGACUGCAGUUGAAGUGA